AUGAAGUUGAAGUCUUUCAAUAGGUUCAGCGCAUAUGCGCGCGCUGAAUCUCAUCUUGUACAAAGGACAUAUUUUGGAGCCAUUGUGACCGUGCUGGGCGUAAUUUUGGCGAUCGUACUGUUUGCAAAUGAGUUGCGUGAGUACACAACCCCCUUCUCCAUACAGACGAUGUCAGUGGACACCUCCCGGGCUCAUUACAUCCGCAUGAACUUCAACUUCACCUACCCGUCGAUGCCCUGCCAAGUGCUCAGCUUGGAUGCGACUGACAUGUCUGGGGAGAAGAGCGGCGAUAGCGGUCAUGCCGCCAACGGCGAGAUCCACAAAGUGCGGCUGAACGAGGCUGGGGAGAAAAUAGGACUGGGCGAGUAUAUACCACCCAGGCGAUGGGGUUUCAUGAUGGGCAAACCACGUCAGCAGGAAGUGAUGGAGGUGAAUCAGGCGAUGGAUGCGCACGAAGGGUGCAACAUAUUCGGCUGGCUCGACCUGCAGCGAGUGGCCGGCAACUUCAGAGUCAGCGUGCAUGUUGAGGACUUCUUUGCGCUGACACGGUUACAAGCAGAUACAACUGGCAUUAACUCCAGCCACAUCAUACACAGAGUCUCUUUUGGCCCUACAUUCCCAGGCCAAGUCAAUCCUCUGGAUGGUGCGGAGCGGAUUUUAGAUAAGGAGAGCGGCACCUUCAAGUACUUUUUGAAGGUAGUACCAACUGAGUACCAAUGGUCUGCAGGCACAAGGACAACAACAAACCAGUACUCUGUGACCGAGUACGACACAGUGGUGCACAAGGGGGAGAUGCAGAUGCCCUCUGUCUGGUUCAGCUAUGACAUCUCCCCGAUCUCUGUCACCAUCAGCGAGAUUCGGAAGUCGUUUGCGCACUUGCUUGUGCGGUUCUGCGCUGUGGUCGGUGGCGUGUUUGCUGUGACAGGAAUGUUUGACCGCUGGGUGCAUCGGAUUGUGACAGCGAUUUUCAGCGCUUCAAGUUGA